UGUUUCCUACAUUGUAUAGCGUACUACUAUGUGUGUUUGAGUGUGCAGCAAGAAGAGGUUCAUAGAGAUGAGAGUGGUCAGAGGAGUAGCGAUCAAAGUCAGAUUAAUCUACGAACCCUGGAGCGCACGCUAGGUGCUCGACGAAAUGUCCCCGUAAGAGGCCUUUUAAAAAAGUGAACUUUAAUAU